AUGGGUCGUAGAAGGAUCAAGAYCGAGAAGAUUGAGUGCAAAGACAAACUUAAUGUAUGCUUUUCGAAGCGAAGAACGGGAUUGUUCAAGAAAGCUAAGAAACUAGAUGAUCUCUCCGGUUCCAASACUGCGAUCAUCAUCUUCUCUCCCGCUGGUAAAGUUUUCACGUUCGGCGAUCCGGUAGUCGACUCCUUAAUCGACCGCUACCUCCUCCUUCAUCACCAUCAACCGCACCGCCUUAACCAAAGCAGUGUUGCCAUUGAAGUUGACAACGGAAAAGUUGAUUUGAACGAUUAUGAAUAUCGGAUGCGAGAAAUCGAAUCUUUGUUGAUGAGAGRCAAGGAGAAUGUAAUGAAACGUGUAUUGGAGCAACAACAGAGAGAGCCUGUCAUACCUUCUUCUUCUUGCUUUCAGUCAGCCUUGCUUCCGAAUGAACCAUUAGCUGGAAUUUCGUCUUAUUCGUCAAGCUCAUCACUGGAAACUUUUGGCGUUGACGGUUUUGAGAAUCCGGUUCAACUCGAGCAACCUGAAUCAGCGAGCGUGAAGAGGACACUUGUGGACAACGGAUCUUCAGCGGACAUCCUCUUUUAUGAUAUCUUCGAGAAGAUGAAGCUGACACUAGAUUGGCUGCAGCCGGUCGAUGUGCCACUAGUUGGCUUCUUCAAAGCCAUCAUCAAACCAGAAGGAAGAAUCACCCUACCAGUCAUAAUUGGGACAGAGCCUCGAUAA